AUGGAAAGUGAUCCCGCCGACAAGCUAGCCGACGUUUCUGAUACCGUGAAUCCUCAGAUGGCCUUGCCACCUCAUCGACUAUCUUACCACCGUCAAUCACCAUCAAGAGAAAAAAGCCAAAGGCGGCACACUGUGGGCAGGAUCUCGUUCGACGACCACUCUUCGACAGCAAAAAAAUCUGCCUUACGUCUGCGACCUAAAUCAUUAGAAUGCAUUCCGGAGAAAAAGGACACCAGGGACAGAAGACCAAGCUUUUAUCUGGCCAGAACGUCCGCAACUACCGAUGAGUUUGUUGUCUUAGAUGCCCCUGGUUCAGUGACCGACGAAGCGACAUUAUUUCCUCUCCAAGACAAUCCCAGCGAGCAAGCUAUAACCAUCAGGUCGUGCUUUACGGGCAUCCUCAUGGGUAUUAUUGGUGCUGCCGUGGGGCUGCUUUUUAUCUUUAAACCAGUCAUGGUUUACCUUGCGCCCGUUUUCCUUCAGAUCAUGUGCAUGUUUUUCGGUCGUAUUUUAGCACUAAUACCUGGACCUAAGUGGUGGAAUCCGGGAGCUUUUAGCCUCAAAGAAACUGUAUAUUCCUCACUCAUCUCCAUGGCUGCACGGAACGUGGCAUAUGCCAUCGCAAUGCUGGCAACUGAAGACCUGUAUUUUGACCAAAAAUCAAGUACACUACGGUCCAUGGGAGUUCUUUUGAGCACCCAAAUGAUCGGCUAUGGGUGGGCAUUUCUUAGUGCUCCAAUAUUGGUGUAUCCCUCGGCUACAAUUUUUCCCCAUGUACUCUCGUCAGCAGCUUUGUUCUAUAGCGUUUCUGGAAAAGGGGAUUACCCUAAAAAGCAGAUUUCACUGUUCCACAAAGUGUUCGCAGGAAUAACCUUAUAUGAAAUCAUCCCAACCUACCUGAUGCCGGCCCUGCAAGGCAUCAGCUUUCCUUGCCUCGUAUUUCCUGGAAGCACGUUGAUCACCAGCUUAUUUGGGGGUGUGGCUCCUUUUGAAGGCCUGGGAUUUUUUGAGCUAUCUUUCGACUGGAAUAUAGUUGGAGCUGGAAGCCCACUGGCGACACCCCUAUUUGCCCAGGCGCUGCAACUGCUAUCCGUAAUCAUCACAGCUCUCGUAUUUUGGCCUGCUUAUAGCUUUUCAUGGUUUGGCUUCGGUCAAAAAGAAGAAUUCCCGUUCCUAUCAGUAUCACUAUUUCAGGAGAAUGGUACUCUAUAUCCCAUCAAUUUGUUCGCGAGGAAUCAUACGAGUUUUAUUCAAGAUCAAAUCAAACUUCCCAUCUACACUUCGACUAACGUUAUCACGCAAAUAUUUCAAUCGCUCGCGGUGUCCUCAUCGAUCACACAUAUCUUACUCUGGCAAUGGCCUAUGAUACGCAGCGCAUUAAAAGGGGCAUCUGCUAGCGAUAAGAAUAAAGAUCCUCAUCGGCUGUUGGUUCAAGCAUCUUACAUUGAUCUUCCUUUGUGGGUGUCACUCACUUGCCUUGGGAGCGCGACAGGGUGGGCAUUAGCGCUUUGUUACAAAGACAAUGCAAUAGCCCCAUAUAGCCUCCUGAUAGCAAUCGGAUUAUCGGGAAUUCUCACACUUUCAAUGGGUUUUAUAUGCGCGAUAUCAGGGUACACCUUGCCGUUGAACGGGGUCUGCCAAAUGAUAGGAGGGUUAAUUUUUCCCAAAAAUGUGAUGGGCAACAUGUGGUUCUCUAACUCUGCAACGACUUCAUGUGCCCUCAGCGCAAUGUCCGAAAUGAAGCUGGGACAGUAUACCCACAUGCCUCCGACUGCGGUGGCAGCCGCGCAAGCAACUGGGUUGUUCGUUGGUGUUAUCGUCGAUCACUUUGUUCUCAAAGGCCUUCUGAGCAGUCAAAGGGAGGCUCUCCUACUACCGAAUGGUAACGGGAUUUAUUCCGGAACAAUUAUCCAAAAUUAUGGCGCGAGUGCUAUUGCCUGGGGAAGAUUUUCAACUGAGCUGUAUACGUGGGGAGGGAGAUACGUUUCGGUUCCAUUAGCUCUGGCCUUUGGAUUAUUUUUACCCGUACCCUUUUACCUGUUAUUCAAGAUCUGGCCUCAUAGAUUCAUCCGGGACUUGAACAUUCCUCUUAUAAUGGGUUUCGUCACCCUGGGUAGCUUAGGUGUCUCUUCGGGACGCACAAUGAACAUUCUCGUCGGAUUGGCAUCCCAGCUUUGUGCUCGCCGAUAUUACCCGAAGUGGUUUUACAAGUAUAACUACGUUCUGUCGGCUGCCUUGGAUGGUGGAACACAGAUAAUCAUACUCAUUUUGUCGCUGACUCUUCAAGGUGGCGUGGGACCACUAUUGAAGUUAGAAAUCCCCACUUACUUCUUCAAUCCACCCAAUUCUGUACCACGAGAUUACUGCUUCCUGAAGAAUAGUAAGGCCACUUACUAA